GUACAAAAGAAAAGAUAUUUUUGUUGUUUCUAAGUUUUAACUCUGAAGGAGCCUUCUCUUCUCUUUCUCUUUCUGCAACCAAACCAAAUUAGGGUUUCUCGAUCUUAAUUCUUCACUGCUCUCAUCGUUUUAGGGUUUUAUUCCCAACACUACACAGGGCUGGUUCUGAUAAUUUUUGUUCGUUUUGAAGAGUAUUUAUCGGUAUCAACAGUUUUUUUUUUUUUUUUAAAUUUAUUUAUGUGGGGCUACUUGUAAUGGUGUUAUCACGAUUCUGGAAAGGAAGGGUUUUCCCUUGGAAUUUUGUGGACAGCUGUUGACAACAAGAAUUUGUGAUUGAAUAUGCGAACUUCAUGGGCAGAUUUGGCUGCAAAUUCUGCAGCUGAAAAUGCAGGUACUUGGUCUUCUGCUAACAAUGUGGGAACUGGUAGUACUGUAGCUCCUUCGCGGCCUGUUUAUGUUCCUCCCCAUCUGAGGAAUCGCCAGCCAUCAGCAGAAUCCCCUGCUCCAACAUAUAGUGACCCUUCUUCAGGUUCUGCUGGCUCUAGUUCUGGUGCUGGUAAUUCUGGAUCCCGUUGGCCUGUACCCAGAAAUGAUUAUCGGUCUGGGUUUGGUGGUGGUGGACGAGCAGGUGGAUGGGGAAACAAAAGUAGUGGCUGGGAUCGUGGCCGGGAGCGGGAAGUCAAUCCUUUUGGAGACGAGGAUACUGCUGAAGAAGGGGCAUCUAGUGAGCAGGAGAAUACAGGAAUAAAUUUUGAUGCCUAUGAAGAUAUUCCAGUGGAGACCAGCGGUGAAAAUGUGCCCCCACCUGUGAAUACAUUUGCAGAGAUUGACUUGGGUGAAGCACUUAAUCAGAAUAUAAGAAGGUGCAAAUACGUGAAGCCAACUCCUGUUCAGCGGCAUACCAUUCCAAUUUCCCUCGCUGGACGUGAUUUGAUGGCUUGUGCGCAGACUGGUUCUGGAAAGACAGCUGCAUUCUGUUUCCCGAUUAUCAGUGGAAUUAUGAGGGGCCAACCUGCGCAGAGGCCACCUCGUGGGGUGCGUACAGCACAUCCGCUUGCGCUUGUUCUUUCUCCAACUAGGGAACUAUCAAUGCAAAUACAUGAAGAGGCUAGAAAGUUUUCAUACCAAACUGGGGUUAGGGUGGUUGUUGCUUAUGGUGGAGCACCGAUAAAUCAGCAGGUUUUUGUCCCUUUUAUCUCUGCUUCUCUUUAUUUUUUACUUUGUUUUCUUCACAACUUGUUAUGAGUCUAUGGCAUGAUA